GUUUUGUCAAACUUGACGUUGCUGUCAGCGGGUACUACCGGUGUGGCGGUAAUGUAUGCCAUACUCUGCAAAUAUGAUUUCAGGGUCGGUUUACGCGUUGUUAGCGGGUUUUUUGGGUGCUGCAGCCUCUCUGUGUGCCAAGCUGUCACUCGGUGCUGACUACAUGAGAGAGAUGUGUGAGUCCGGGCUCAGCGGCUGGACUGAUACACACGGUGGGACUACAGCCUGUGACUGGCUCCACAUCCCCCUGCGGCUGCUGUGUGGAGGCCUGCUGUUCACCUGUAAUACUAUCAUGUGGACAUUCUUCUCCAAGGCCCUCAGACACUGCUCCUCUUCAGCCAGGGCCACAGUCACAACCACUGCAUCCAACUUCAUCUGCUCAGCCAUCCUGGGGAGGGUGAUUUUUGGAGAGAGUCAUGCAACUCUAUGGUGGGUGGGAGUCUCUCUCACACUGUGUGGACUGCUGCUGCUUCAUGGGUCCACACCUCAGACACUCCCACAGGAAGAGGACAAAAAGGACAAGUGAUGUAGGUUUGACUCGUCACCAGUACGCAGCAACAGCUCUUCAGUCACAGGAAGGUGGAAAUGUUCCUUCAUGUCUAGAAGAAGAGAGGUAGCUCAGUGUCUUAAUGUGAAGUGCAAUUACAAAAGCAGACUGUGUUGCACAGAGCUGAUAGUACGUUCUGAACCAUCAGCUCUGUGCAGUUGUUUUUUCUGUAUUUUUUUUAAAUGGCUGGACAUCAAAAGAUGAAAGUAAGACAGGAUCUGCUUUCAGCUUUUAUUUCCAGGUAUUUACAGAACUGUGACUUGGAAGAUAGCACCUUUUGGAAAGGACAUACCAUUUUGAGUGAAAGUAAAGGAACAGAUAGACUAAAAUAGAUUGAAGUGAAUAAUGCAUAAUAUUUGGGGGCAAAUCAUUUGCUUGCAGUAACUGCAUCAAGCCUGAGACCCAGUGACAUCACCACACUUUUGCUUUCUUCUUUUAUAAUACCUUUCCAGCUUUCAAUGCAGCCUCUUUAAUGCCAUGUCUGCGCUAAUACGUUUUCAUUUUAAAAUGUAAAUGAUCUCCUUACACGCAAGUGUUUUAGCACCAUUUUAGAAUGAAUCUCUGUCCAUAUUAAGGGCACGGUCACAUAUGAGCAAAUGCAGGCGAGUGACCAUCGCCUGUCGAGGCGAUAAUCACGCUGAAUGCGGACAGUGUCAGAUGUGAUAGUUGUAUUUGUUAGCCAGCUUGCUAAAAUCUCUCCAGGGUGUUCCAACUUCCAUCACAAAAAGCAUGUAACAGUUUAAGAAGGUGUAUUGAUUUCAUAAUAUGCCUUGUCUUUUGCAUUAUUUCAGAGGGUUUGUGUCUCUGUCAACAAAGGUAAGAAAUUUGAGUCAUAUUUGAGUAGAAAGCACACUCGACCCCUGUUGACAACACCACUGUGGCUAGUUCAGAACUUUAAAGGGAGGUUACUUUUGACAUUCUGAAUGCAGUCCGUCAUUUUCGUAGUUUGCUUUUAAAGUUUAAUACUGGAAAACUGACUGGCUUUAAAAACUGGGUGAACCUUUAGAAAACAAAAAAAUCUCCCCCCUCUUUCUGUGUGUUUGAUGUAAAGCACAUCACUUCAGUCGCCACAGAAAUCAGACACCACUUCUCCACUAAACUGUGAAAUACAGAGAGCUUUCCCUGGCAGCUAUAGGCUGAAUCAGCAUUGUGUUAACUCCUUUGGCAAGGACUUGAAUGUAACAGAUGUCAUUUAUGUGUAAAAUUCCUGCUCUCCAGCUUCCAUAAUAAAGCCAAGCUUUGGUUGUUAGACCUGUUUUGCCCGGGUGAAUGUCACACUGAAACUAUUCCUGCUCUUCUGUCAGACUGCUGAUCAAAACAGCAACAGUAAAGUUUUUACUUUUAUUGUAAAUGCCUUUGUACAUCAUGUAAAACUGUGCAGAUGAGUUUGUAAAAAAUAAACUACGACUCACUCGGU